CUUUUCGGGACGUCAUCUUGUAACGAGCCCUACCCCACUCACAAUCCAACUCUACGUGGGGAAAAUGAGGAGGAAUUCGGUGACCCUGCUCAAGCUGGUUGUCGCUGCUGUUAUAUUUCUAGCAGCAGGCCCUCUUGCAAUGAAGUUUCUGUUUGGUUCUCGGCGUACAGAUCAAUAUGUGGAUACCGGUCUCCCAAAGGCACCUGUAGAGAGAAGAGAUGUUGUACCGGACAAAAGUUCUGGUGAACUAAAGAAGAUAGACUGGCAUGACUACAAACAGAUAUCAGCAGAUACAGCGAGGGUUGGACCAGGGGAGCAGGGGUCUGCUGUUAUUCUCACUGCUGCCGAAGAGAAACUGAAAAAUGACCUUUACAAAGUUAAUGGCUUUAAUGCUUUUGCUAGUGAUAAAAUUUCCUUACAACGUUCCUUGAAGGAUAUAAGGCAUCCAGAUUGUAAAACCAAGAAGUAUUGGAACAAAUUACCCAACUGCAGUAUAGUUGUCCCAUUCCAUAAUGAACACUGGACAACCCUGCUACGACUCACUUACAGUGUGAUCGACAGAGCCCCUGAAAACCUCUUACAUGAAGUUAUUCUUGUUGAUGAUUUUAGCACUAAAAAAUUUUUAAAAGAUGAGUUAGAUGAAUAUGUGGCUAAACAAUGGCAUGGCCGGGUGAAAGUUGUUCAUGCAGAGAGGAGAGAGGGGUUGAUUAGGACCCGCAUCCUGGGGGCCAAACAUGCCACAGGAGAUGUCAUCUUAUUCUUAGAUGCUCACGUAGAGGCUAAUAUCAACUAUUUACCACCAUUGUUAGAUCCUAUAGCUGAGGAUUAUAGAACAGUGGUAUGCCCAUUCAUUGAUGUGAUAGACUACGAGAACUUCAACUAUCGAGCCCAGGAUGAGGGGGCCAGAGGGGCGUUUGACUGGGAGUUCUUCUAUAAACGUCUACCUCUCUUGCCUGAAGACUUGAAACAUCCAGCUGAGCCAUUCAAUUCUCCAGUAAUGGCAGGCGGAUUGUUUGCCAUAAGCAGGAAGUGGUUCUGGGAGCUUGGCGGCUAUGACCCCGGGCUCGACAUCUGGGGCGGGGAACAGUAUGAACUCUCAUUUAAGCUCUGGCAGUGUGGAGGGAAGAUGGUGGAUGCUCCAUGCUCCAGGAUAGGCCACAUCUACAGAAAGUUUGCCCCCUUCCCCAACCCUGGGGUCGGUGACUUUGUAGGAAGGAACUACCGCCGUGUUGCAGAGGUGUGGAUGGACGAGUAUGCUGAGUUCUUGUACAAACGUCGACCCCACUACCGCAAUAUUGAGACUGGAGACCUAACAGACCAGCUGGAGGUUCGAAAACGUCUGAAGUGCAAGCCCUUCAAGUGGUUUAUGGAAGAGGUGGCCUUUGACCUUGUAAAGAUUUACCCACCAGUUGAACCCCCUCCCAUUGCCAGCGGAGAGUUUAGAAGCAAGGCUGCCCCUCUGUGUAUAGAUACAAAGUUCCGGGGAGGUGAAGAGAACUUCAAGCUCGAAGAUUGUAUAAAGGAUGGUAAAGGUGGCGGGGAGCAGGAAUUGGAGUUGACAUGGCAUAAGGAUAUUCGACCAAAGAAAAGGACAGUAUGCUUUGAUGCGUCCACAUCAGUGAAGAAGGCACCAGUGAUAUUGUUUAACUGCCAUGGCAUGGGUGGAAACCAGCGCUUCAAAUACAAUGUUGACGACCAGCAAGUGUUCCAUCCAAUCAGUGGCCAGUGUCUGGACUGUGAUACGGGUAGUCGCGAGGUCUUCAUGAACCCAUGCGACAAGAACUCAAACACCCAAAAAUGGCUCAUCAGUAAUGUUAACAUUACGGCUGUCAGAAAAGAUUGGAAUGAACCAUAGAGGUGGCCCCAAGAGAUUGAGAGUAUAGAAAUUAUGUUUUUACUUUUUGUGAGGGUUUAAUAUUCACAAUAACUUUAAAAGUCCACUUAUGUUACAAGUUUAGAAUGUUAUGAAAUUAUGUUUUACAGAAUGUUUCUUUUCAAAGUUCAAAUAAACCUUACUAAAUAAGACCAAACUGUAAUAAAAGGACCCCACAAAAUUAACACAAGCUACAGAAAUUAUCACAUAUAUGGAAGGUGUGUUCUGAUAUUAGUGAUGAUUCAUAACAAGUUCUAUUACACGGCCAGGGUUUUCAUGGUUUUUAAGAGAACUCUGACAUAGCAAUAAAAUAUUUGAAUUUCAUACGUAAUGAUCACAUAUUUUAGCCAAGAAUUAAAUUGGAAUGGUUUCUUAUCUUGAUUAAAAUGAUGAUUUUACUGCUUUAUGAAUUUUAAUGGUGUUUUUAAAUGUAAAUAUGUUGACAUAUCAUUCUUUAAAUUUUAUGUGUAUAAAACACACAUUCUACCUUCAUUUAUGUUUUCUGAUAACUUAAUGUACACUAUGAAAUUUAAAUAGCUGAUUGCACCAUUUUUGUUGAAGGCCAAUGCAUUUGCUGUAUUUGUGUGUAACAAUUUUUAUUCAAAUAUAUUUUAAUGAUUUUAAAUAUGGUUUUCUUAAUUAUACACAUAAUCUUUAUUGUCCCACUUUUGUACCUGCUUUUAACUGAACCAUAGAGUUAGGUGUUGACAUUUUAAGUUCUUUUAUAUAUGUACCUGUUGGUACAAUAAAUCUGUGAUAUCCACUUUGGAUGGUAUCUUACAUGAUCUUAAAGCUUACUUUUAUCUAAUUAUAAUACUAAUUCUUUAUAGAUGGAGCUUUAUAUGAGCAUAUUAUUGUGAUUGUAUUGUUCAAAUGUCUAGUCUCUAGAGUAAUUUAUGGUCUAUAUUAUGUUGUGUAUAUUGUCGUGUUUCUGUGUGGUUAAUACCAGACAAUAUCUAUUUAAACUAGAAUAUGUAGAAAUUAUUUUUUGUAUUUAAAUUUCUCCUUUGAACAUUCCACUGUAAAUAAUGCAUCGAAAAGUAUCACCACAUAGUUUAAUAAUGUACAAAUUUUUCCAGUGUUUUCUGUGUCUUUAUUACCAUACAAAUAAUGUAUAUCUUGUAAUCUGUAAGUGUCAAAACAAACUUACCAAUUAAAAACCCAUACAAGUUUAUUACUGCUGACACAUUUAUCUGAUGGAUUUUUACUCUGAUACAGCGUAUGUAUUCCCUCCAGGGAUUCAGAUUGCGGGUAUCUUGUACCUGUUACACAUUGUUAUAUUGUUCAUGAAUCAAAUAUUAAUAAAACGUUUCAUGUAACAGUUCAUUAAUUCAUCAAAGCAUUUUCAUACACAUUCUCAUACAUUAUUACAUUGGUCAUUAAAUCUUAGAAAUCCAAAUUUGACCAUAUAAACUCAGUGUCCAUUUCAUCUGUAUUUAACGCAUGAGCUGCAUUGCGUGAUUUAGGCAUUUGGGCAUAAUUAUUACUAUUGAUAAAAUCAUAAAUAAAAAAAAUACUAAAAAUAAUGAAUUUUUGAUGUGUUUAAAUUUCAUCCAAUUUCAUUGUUAUUAGUGCUUCAUUUUCUUGACAAUUUAUGAAGAUUACUCAUUUUUCCAAAGCAAACACGGCUUUUGUUCCAACAUUCGAAGUGUCUAAUUCAAAUAGCCUGAUCGUCAAAUAUACGAUAAUGAAUCAUCAAACUCUUCUUAAUUUAGCUUUCUUAUAAUGCAUGUUAUUUCAAUAAUGGACUUUCAAUAUGACAUCACUUGUUUGAGGUCAAUUUUAGAAUUUAAAAUGGGCAAUGCAUGGUUCACUUUUAAAACUGAUAUCUUUAGCAAAUUAGAGAUUUCAUCAUGCUAUUUUCACUAUUGCUUCAUAAUAAAAGUUAUUUAAUUGAAAUACCAAACAAAACCAUGUGGAAUAAUAAACAGGUAAGCCCGAAGGUCCAAAAUGGCACGAUGUUGUUCAUUUAUUUAUAGACUCUAAAAGGAUCUUCAGGGAUAAAUGCCAAGAGGGUUUUAAGUGGUAUUUAAGUAAAAGAUCUAUGUAUAUUUCCACUUUUUUCCAUUUUCCCUCAAUUUACAUAUACACUUAUGCAAUUUUGUUACGUGUUAGCAAUUUAAUGAUUGUAUGAUAAUUGAAGAUAUUUUAUUCUGACAUGUUUAUUUCAUCCUAUUUAUUAUAAGUGUAUGACAAAUGAUCAGCCAGUUGCUUUUUAAACCAUAAAUAAUGAUGAUAACCUGAUUCUAAAAUGAGAUUUAUGAUAGAAGAUUGAAAAUGAAAGUCUAAAUAUAAUUUUGUUAUCAUGAUGAUAUCUCUAAAAUUUUGUGAGAUAUGGGUUUCACAAGUAAGACCAUGCAUUGAGCAUUUUGUACCUGUAAGUUUGUUUCAGGUUGAUCAAGUAACUUAACCUUAUUUAAUUGGUUGUUUGCAAUUUGUAGUACCCUCAUUGAUAAGAGGAGGGGGGUGGUAAGCUUAUUUAGUCAAUCUUUGGGUAAAACCUGCGAGCAUCUCCUUGAUAAGAGAUUAUGGGUUAAGCAUCUGUCUGAAGGGUUAUGUUAUGAAGGUUUGAGGCAAGUUAAGCAUCUGUCUGAAGGGUUAUGUUAUGAAGGUUUGAGGCAAGUUUGCACCCCUGCCCUUACUAAUGAGACAUCAAAUAAAAAUAUAUCAUACAUUGUGUAAUGCUUAUAGUAUGCUUUAUUUCUUAUACCAUGACCCUUUCCUACUCUGUGAUUCUUUUUCAUCCCUGUGUAUAUUUUUCCCUGUGUAUAUUUUUGUUUGCUCCCAUGUAAAGUAUAUUUAUUAUGUUGAGUUUUAGUAAGAUUUUUAAAGAUGUAGUGUUGGAAACCGGUAUAUGAAAAUCAUAAUUAACUGUAAAUGUUGUUUUAGAAAACCAUAGUAAUGGUGUUAUUCUCCAUACAAACAUGUAGUGUGCCAUUUAAAAGUAUUAUGUGUAUGAUUGAUAUUAACCUGUGCUUCAUAAUACAAACUAGAUCCUAUUAUAAACUACUAUAGUUAAUCAUUGGUUUGAAGGUAUUUUUAUGCCCAGAUUUAUGGGGGCGGGGAUAGAGUUUUUUCUCAGCAAGAAACUUGAUUGGAAACUCGACUUGAAAAGACCACACAACUUUGGUCAGUGUUGUGAUAUAGGGAUUUUGUAGCAAUAUUUAGUGCCUCGGUCACAUUUCUUUUUACGUAUCUGACUUGACCAUUUGCUAACUUGACCUUGAUGUGACUGUGCUCUUUUCUGUCAAAUGACAAGGCCCACUUGUGUCUAGUUCUCCGGGUUCCUUUGACAGCCCCAGUUCAACGAACAGUUUCAAGUCAAAAUUUGUUCUACAUUCUCUCAACAUGAUAUACACUGUACAUCCAUUAUGACAUGUACCGAGUACACCCAUAUGUAAUAUUGAGCUUUGUAAAGAUGUUUUUCAUAUGAAUAAACAUUCUUUGUAAUGCUUGUUCUUUAGGGCUAUUCCAUUUAAACUUAUAACCCCCGGUGGGAAGGCACUUUAAAAAUAUACCACCUCCCUACAGAGGCAAAUUUACCCUUUCAGAGUCCAAAUAAGCCAAAAAAGACACCCACCCAUGUACAAGACACCCACCCAUGUACAAGACACCCACCCAUGUACAAGACACCCACCCAUGUACAAGACAUCCACCCAUGUACAAGACACCCACCCAUGUACAAGA